AUGGCUGACCUGGUCCGCUCGAGCGACGAAGAGUCGGAUAUCGAAGAAGUACGAGGUCCUGGACAACCGGCGUUCAUCUCCGGCAAGCAGUUCGUCAGCUUGAUUGCCCACGUAGGCCGAGACUGGACCGAUGCGGGCAACAAGAAGAAGCUGAAGACCAAGGCCAUAACGAAAGGGGCCAAUUACAUGAUGGCGAAGUAUGGUCUCUUGGAGCCUUUCCGCAAGCUGCCCGUCGACGAGUUGGAACCCAAGAAGGAUGUUGUCUGCGCGGACGACCUUUCGAGGAUUAGCGAGGAGCAGCAGGCGGCGCUGAAGAAGAAGUUGCGGUUGGUGAGUGAUGCACGGCGCUUCGGACGCAGGCGUACGAGUACUAACCUAGGUAAGGCUGUAAACAGGACGCUUGUCCGCUGGCACAACCCGACAGGCCAGUCGAGCGCGGCGCAGACGAAGUCGAAGUCGAAAGGAAAGGCGAAGGCGAAGGUCAAGGACGAGAACAGGAGCGACGAGUCGGAGACUGAAGAGACGGCGAAGAACGAGGCGGCGAAGACGCUCACGGACAUAUUGAAGGCGCUUCGGGUCGAGAAGAGCAAGAUCUUUCCGCAUCAAGUCCUGGCGAACAACUUCUGGCAGCCGGAGUGGACGGACGAGUUGAAGGCUAGAUGGGAGGCCGAGCGCAGUCGUCCUCGAGGUGCAGAUGACAAGCGCCCUCUGCUGAUGAACACCAGGCGCCAGUUCUUGCUUGACAAGUUGGAGACCCUCGACGGCGACCUGAAGGCGGAGUUGGAGGAGAAAGUGGAGGAGUUGCAGCAGGCGGCUCAAGUGGACUUUGACAAGACUCUGAACCUCUCGAGUCGGACGCCUGAGGAGUGCUACAACUUCUUGCGCGACUUCAAAGUCUUUGCCGAGCGCUUCGUUGAUAUCAUGGCGGAGGGUACGAAGGGCGUCGUACUGCUGAUGGUGGCUUCGCCCACCACGGAAAACGGUAUCCCUGAAGUUGAAGUUAAUAAGUAUGAGUGGUCCUCGAUCCCCGCUCAUCUAGGGCGUAACGGUCUUAGCUAUAGCGAGGUGGACGUCGAUAUGUUCGCAACCGUGGCGGAGCGCUUCAGGGCGUUCGGGAAGAAGGUGUUCGACGCGAACUUCACGAAUGACGACAUCGAGCCCGAGGAUGCAGUGGAGGAAUUACUGAAGUGGCAGACGAAACUGGCGGCGAAGAAGGGCCACGGGAUCAUGGACGCACUCGGCGGCAGCGAGAGGGAAAGGAGACGUCGGCAUUACGGACGGACGCCGGCAGAAGCACGCGUUGGCGGGGAGAGCGACGAGAGACAGCAGCGUGGUCCGCGGAAGGCGUCGGUGACGGCAGGAGCAUUCGGCGGCGAGAGGGUUGGGGAUACCCCGCGGCGCAGGAGGAUGACGGCGGAUGACGGCGGAGACGGCGAUGAUUGGGACAGCGAGGACGACGCUGAAGACCUGGUCGGCAAGAGGAGAAUGGGCAAUGAGCGUGAGAGCAACAAGCGCAGCAAGACGCCGGCGGCGACGGCAGGAGCGCUCGGUGGCGGGAAGAUCGGGGAUACGGGGCAGCGCAGGAGGAAGACAGCGGAGGCCGGCGGAGAGCGCAAUGGCGGGGGCAGUGAGGACGACUCUGAAGACCUGAGCUUGGGCGGAAAGAGGACGAUGUUCAAUGAGCGUGGGAGCACCAAGCGCAGAGACCGUGAUGGAAAGUUCGGCGACCAGGACUACGGUGCGGAGGGUGUGGCGUCCAACGAUGGUGAUAGCGGCCUGGGUGUUUGGGACGCUGACAGCGAUACAGAGGAUCCAAGGAAAGGUGCUAAGGAGGUGGUGCCCAAGCGUCCACGGCCGCGGAAGAAGGUGAUCAACCGGGUAAUGAGUGAAGAAGAGAGCGAGGAUCCUGGAGCUGGAAUGGGCCGCGCGGGCUCGGGAGGCAAGGGCACGAGUCCGACCAAUACGGACGAACGAACGGUGACGACGUCUGGGAAAGCGGAUGUGCCUGAGGGCACGGACAUACGCCCGACUUCUUCAACGCCUGGCAAUGCUUCUGUGCAGGAUGCGCCGAACUUCGAGCCGAUUUUUGCGGGCUGGAAUCCGGUAAUGAUUGCGCCGAUUCCAACGCGCAAAACGACGGAUGUGGCGAACAUGGUGCUCGAGGAGGUAAAGCAGCUGACCUACGUCGUCGCCGCGCAAGGCGUGUACGGGACGCGAGGCCGCGUUUCCAACGCAGGAAAGUUCUUGCAGGAGGUAGGGCUCAGAUGCGCUGAUUGGAGCGUCAGCAAGUCGAUCGUAUACGCGCUAUUGCACGCAUACCUUGAAUUUGAGGGUGCCAGUCCGCCUGCCGCGGCCCGAGCGUGUGAGGGAUGGGCAGAACUGGAUAUGCAUGGUGAAGAAGUCACGGUACGCCCUCGGUACCUGCGUGCUUGGGCCAUGUCUGCGCAGAAGUUGUCGUGGGUGGGCGUAUGUACAGGCGGUGACGGCGCUGCUGGUGAUGGUCUCGAUUGGAACUUUGGCGCGGCAUGGUCGCAGCAGUGGGUGGCGCUGCAGCCCGCUGAACGUCGCGAGGGGAACGAGAUUGUGCGUCCAGCCGAUAGCGCAAUGGACUGGGGGAAUCGGAUGAGGGGGGGUAAGUGGGGCGCCCGCACGCUGGUGAUCGGGUUGCUUCUGUGGGCGGACAAUAUGGAGUCAUUGCGCGACGGGACAUCCGUCUUGGACUGGGAGAUGGCGGCGGCUGACAUGGCUCAAGUGCUGCGGGUCUGCACAGAGCAGGUUCGCGCACGUCCGUCCGCGACGCAGGGAGAGAGUACUAAUGGAAUGGAGGGCGGGGAGGGAGAACGUCAGAAGGGUUCCGGUAGAGAGCGAACAAAGUCCAAGGCGUUGGCGUACAUGGAGGCGAACGGAGUGGUUUCGGCGACGGUGAAGAGAACGAUGGGGUGGGGCGGGCCAGUGGAGCCGAGCGAGAAGGCAGGGUCGAGCAAGAAGGAGUCAGCCGCAGGGCCAGGCGGUCAGAAGGAGAAGAGGAAGAGGGUCUCGGCGUCGAGCGAGACACAAGAUACAAGCGAUAUGGCGGAGAAGGACAAGAAGGGGGCUAACGCAAAGCGCGUCAAACUCUGA